AUGAACUUCGGAACCGUUGCCCGUCGCGCCUACUCCACCAGAGCCGCCAUCCCCCCCACCAUUGGCUCCACCAAGGCUAUUGGCUCACCCAAGGAUGCCGCUCGCAUGGCCAAGGUCGUCAACUUCUACAAGGGUCUUCCCAACGGCCCCGCCCCUGCUGCCCGCUCCUCCGGCUACCAGGCUCGCCACUUUGACGGCAAGAACUCGGACAUGACCCCCGUCUUCCAGACCAUCGCCGCCGUCUUUGCCCUCUCCUACACCAUCGACUACCACUUCCACUUGAAGCACCACAAGAACGUUGCCCACCACUAA